GGCCACUGUCCUUCACCACCACUAUCCUUGCGCCCUCGCGCUACUUUAUUGUCUUGCCAAAAGAAAUAGACUUUUAAUAUACUUGGCCAUUCAGAGCACAAAACACUGGAGAGCUCCCAGGGAAAACUCCCUUUUCCUUCCUAGCAAGAAACAACAACAAAAAGCUGGGAAAAACAGAGCAAAAACGACAAGUGUCUGGGAGUGUGGAAAUAUUAGGCGAUUUUGCCAGUUCAUUGACUUGCCACAACAAUAGUUUGAAGUUUGUCUGCCAAAAUAUGAGAGUCCGCAUAAAAUGGAACCAAUCUCGGGAGGGCGGAGGGAAAAACAGAAGCUAAAAACUUUUUCACUUUAAUAGUUCGACCAAUUUGAGAGUGGCUAAAAGGCCGGGAUAAUGGCAGCUAAGGGAGUGCAAAUAAAAUCGCACUCCGAUUUAUUUGCACUUUUUGAGUGGUGAUAUUAUCAAUUUAAAAAACUUUAACAAGGGGCCGAAAAAAUGUGACGCGUAAUUUGUUAUGCCCUGUAGAUAAGAAUUUGUUAUCUUGACAUUACAAAAGGCAAAUUAAUUUUUUAUUUUAUAAAUAAAUUUAAAAUGUGUGUGCUUUUCUCGACAUUUAAUCCACGUAGUUCCUGAACAACUGUCAGUGUUUCAGUUCUAUAUUUCAGUUUGCACACAAAGCAGCAACUGAACACAUAACACAAAAUUCCAAUAUUUGUAGGACAGGGCGACCGAGGAUUCCCGCGACUUAAGAACCCCUGAGAACCUCAAGCUCUAGUCUCUAGUCUCAAAAAUGGCUGAGAAGAAAGCCGAGGACCGUCCAAGUCGCAUGGUUGCCCAAAAUCGCCAGCAAGAGCAGAAUAAUGCGCUAUUCGCUCAACUAUUUGCCAGUUUGGAGGGUGAACAUCGGAAGUUGAGGGAGUUGGAGCAGCGACGAUCGAAGCUCAUUGAGGAAAUGAAGAAUCUGAGGGCUCUGCUGUUUGCCGAGAACCAAAAACUUCGCCAGACGGUGGCUCCAGUGCCCGGCAGCAAUUCCAUUUCCAUUCCCGAGAGAUCGUCCACUGUUGUCCCAAGUUUGGCUCCCCAAUCAUCGGUUCGCUUGGAGCGAAAAGCUUCUAGUAAAUCGGUGACAAUUGUGGAACCACCGGCAAAAAGUUUGAACAUCACCGAAAGACCUCGGGCUAGUAGUUCGCAGAGUUUGCAGAAGAAAGGAAAUCGACGAAAUCCCAGGGCUUCUUCAAGCAAAACCAAACGUAGAAAAGCUUUUGAUAUUAUAUCCAAUACCAGGGAGGAUAUGUUGAACGAGAUCGGCGAAUCCGAACUAUCCACCUCGUUGGGCGCCAAUUUGCAGACUCUGGAGCAACAUAGGUCGGAUCUAGAGGAUCGCCAAGAUAUAGACGAGGUUUUGGUCUCCCUGCCGGAACUUUUUACCCUCAUGGAUUCCCGCUUUGCAGACACAAAUUCUGCCAUUUCACCAAAUAAUCCAGUUACCGAUGCAUCUCCCAGUCUUCUAAACUCCGAUCAAGAUCCUAGUUUUUAUCUGCCAAGUGCUGGGUCUUUGUUCGAGGACCUUCUGGAAGCCGAUUCCGCCCGCUUAAUGCUGGAUUUGCCAGAAGUAUCACUGGAAUUACCUUCAGUUGGCAUCGCCGAAUGUUCAGCGAACGUGGCGGAAAUAUCGGAAAGUGAACCGGAAAAUAAAACUGGUUAAGGAACGCCACACUUUUAGGACUUUUUGGAAUUCUUUUAAAACUAUUACUGGAUCUGGCCACACUAUUUCACUAAAUACACAGUUGAAAGCCGAA